AUGAAAACGGUUUUCGCUGUCAACGGGCCCGAGUUGUGCUCUGAAGUGUUUGAGCAUUUCUCAGGGUGCAACGUGGUACAUCUUUCAUCCGUGAGCGAGCUACUGGUGUAUUUGUAUGCUCAUAGACUCUCAGGCGAAGACACUUACGAGCGCACGUUGUCGUUGGUAGUCCACCAGCAACCGCGGAGUGCAUCCCAAAACGCCGGUUCGGACGUUGCAUUGGAUUUCAUCACCACUGCAGAGUUAGCGCACUUGAUUCAAAAACAAUUCCCUUGUUUCAGUCUUAGCGUUACAACCCCAGCAGAAGUGCCCAAGGCCCUUGAACAUCUACGUGAGUGUACUGAUUUAUACUCCAGUCGUUUGGCAAGAGUUGCCACUUGGAUGUACAACGAUUAUGUUGGCUCCAACGAGCUCUGCACGCGCCCGGAGACCACCUCUACCUGCAAACUGGAUGAAAAAACUUCAAAGCCUUCUACUUGUUCAGCAAACGUGUAUACAAUGCUAUCCCACCUCACACGCGUGCGCAAACCUAAAAAUGAACAUACAGGCCUGUCAUGCUCAAAACUGAUAUCUUCAGCCCUCAAUCUUCGAGACCUCAUAAAACUACCGAAGGGUAAAGCUUCGAGCGAUCAUUACUGGGAUCUCAUUUCAACUUGGGAUUUCUGUGCCAUGAGUCUUUCAACCUCAGAACUCAUAUGGUGUAGCUAUCUGAUCUUGCAAAAAGUUGCUCGUGAUGCGAAUUUCCUAAUUUCUGACAACGACCUAUUCCUUUUUCUGUUGACGUUGGAAGCUUCGUAUCAUCAGGGCAACAAGUUUCACAGUUUCAGACAUGCGGUCGACGUUAUGCAAGCCACUUGGCAGCUAUGUUGCCGUUUGAAGACCCAUUUUCAAAAGGACUCGUCAAUACUUCUCGUCUGUGUCGCAGCCAUCGGCCACGACGUUGGUCAUCCAGGCACGAACAAUGCGCUAAUGUGCGACCCAAUAUCACCGAUUGCAGAGUUAUACGAUAGGAAAUCCGUCUUAGAAAACUUCCAUGCCGAAGUUUUUUCGGACCUCCUCGAAGAGCAUUGGCCUCAGAUUCUGGAACAAAAAGCGAUAUUAUCGGACACUAUAUUGGCCACCGACAUGGCUCUACAUUCGCAAUACGUGCAGCGAAUGGACGCCGGGUCUUCAGAGCCACCAAGUCUACUGUCAUUAGUGAUAAAGGCCGCAGAUAUAUCUAACGUUACUCGUCCCCUUCACAUCUCUACAAACUGGGCAGUCUUGAUCACUUGCGAGUUUAACGAAUGUGCUUCUCUGCUGAAGAGAAUACAGGAAGGCGACACUUACGGGCAUUAUAUGCCAGAUUGCGACGACCCUAUUCCGGAUUGCAUAGAAAGCAUUUUGAUCAAAUAUCCGUCUAUACCCAAGGGUCAGCUUCUGUUCAUAAAUGCAUUUGCGGAAGGCUUAUUUGCCGGUUUAGCAGAAUGUUUUCAAGAGUUGAGAUUCUUGCACAAUAAUGUGAAGGCAAACAAGAAAUUUUGGGAAGGGAAAUGUACAUAA